CAGGUACUUGGACCAGUGACCACGUCUCAGCAUGUUGAGUCAAGUUUACUGGGGUGGGUUCCAGCCCUUAAAGCAACGUCUUCUGCCCUGGGUCCAGUGCAUAGCUAUCUCCAGAUCUGAGCGUAUCCAGCCUUCAGCCACCAGACAUGUACGUUCCUGGAGCAACAUCCCCUUCAUUACUGUGCCCCUCAACCGAACACACGGCAAGUCCUUCGCCCACCGCAGUGAGCUGAAGCAUGCCAAGAGAAUUGUGGUGAAACUCGGAAGUGCUGUGGUGACCCGAGGGGAUGAGUGUGGCCUGGCACUGGGGCGCCUGGCAUCGAUUGUUGAGCAGGUGUCCGUGCUGCAGAACCAGGGCCGAGAGAUGAUGCUGGUGACCAGUGGAGCCGUGGCCUUUGGCAAGCAGCGCUUGCGCCAUGAGAUCCUUCUGUCUCAGAGCGUGCGGCAGGCCCUGCACUCGGGACAGAACCAGCUGAAGGAGAUGGCAAUUCCAGUCUUAGAGGCACGAGCCUGUGCAGCUGCCGGACAGAGUGGGCUGAUGGCCUUGUACGAAGCCAUGUUUACCCAGUACAGCAUCUGUGCUGCCCAGAUUUUGGUGACCAAUUUGGAUUUCCACGACGAGCAAAAGCGCCGGAACCUCAACGGGACACUCCAUGAGCUCCUCCGAAUGAACAUCGUCCCCAUUGUCAACACAAACGACGCUGUUGUCCCCCCAGCUGAGCCCAACAGUGAUCUCCAGGGGGUAAAUGUUAUUAGUGUUAAGGAUAAUGAUAGCCUGGCUGCCCGUCUGGCUGUGGAAAUGAAAACGGACCUCUUGAUUGUUCUUUCCGACGUAGAAGGCCUCUUUGACAGCCCCCCAGGAUCAGAUGAUGCCAAGCUCAUUGAUAUAUUUUAUCCCGGAGAUCAGCAGUCUGUGACGUUUGGGACCAAGUCUAGAGUGGGAAUGGGAGGCAUGGAAGCCAAGGUGAAAGCAGCCCUCUGGGCUUUGCAAGGUGGCACUUCUGUCGUUAUUGCCAACGGAACCCAUCCAAAGGUAUCUGGGCACGUCAUCACAGACAUCGUGGAGGGAAAGAAAGUUGGCACCUUCUUUUCAGAAGUGAAGCCUGCUGGCCCCACCGUCGAGCAACAGGGAGAAAUGGCUCGCUCUGGAGGGAGGAUGUUGGCCACGUUGGAACCUGAGCAGAGAGCAGAAAUUAUCCAUCAUCUGGCUGAUCUGUUGACCGACCAGCGGGAUGAGAUCCUGUUAGCCAACAAAAAAGACUUGGAGGAGGCAGAGGGGAGACUCGCAGCUCCUCUACUGAAGCGUUUAAGCCUCUCCACAUCCAAGCUGAACAGCCUGGCCAUCGGUCUGCGGCAGAUUGCAGCCUCCUCCCAGGACAGCGUGGGGCGUGUUUUGCGCCGGACCCGCAUUGCCAAAAACCUGGAACUCGAACAAGUGACUGUCCCAAUUGGAGUUCUGCUGGUGAUCUUUGAAUCUCGCCCUGACUGUCUACCCCAGGUGGCGGCCUUGGCCAUCGCAAGUGGGAAUGGCUUGUUACUCAAAGGAGGCAAGGAGGCCGCACACAGCAACCGUAUUCUUCACCUCCUGACCCAGGAGGCCCUCUCAAUCCAUGGAGUCAAGGAGGCCGUACAGCUGGUGAAUACCAGAGAAGAAGUUGAAGAUCUUUGCCGCCUAGACAAAAUGAUCGAUCUGAUCAUUCCACGCGGCUCUUCCCAGCUGGUCAGAGACAUCCAGAAAGCUGCCAAGGGGAUCCCAGUGAUGGGGCACAGUGAAGGGAUCUGCCACAUGUAUGUGGAUUCUGAGGCCAGUGUCGACAAAGCCACUAGGCUGGUCAGAGACUCUAAGUGUGAAUAUCCGGCUGCCUGUAAUGCCUUGGAGACGUUGUUAAUCCACCGAGAUCUGCUGAGGACCCCAUUAUUUGACCAGCUCAUUGAUAUGCUGAGAGUAGAGCAGGUGAAGAUCCAUGCUGGCCCCAAAUUUGCCUCCUAUCUGACUUUCAGCCCCUCCGAAGUGAAGUCACUCCGAACUGAGUACGGGGACCUGGAAUUGUGCAUUGAAGUGGUGGACAGCGUCCAGGACGCCAUUGACCACAUCCACAAGUAUGGCAGCUCCCACACGGACGUCAUCGUCACUGAGAACGAGCAAACCGCAGAGUUCUUCCUCCAGCACGUAGACAGUGCCUGUGUGUUCUGGAAUGCUAGCACUCGCUUCUCUGACGGCUACCGCUUUGGGCUGGGAGCGGAAGUGGGCAUCAGUACCUCUCGAAUCCACGCCCGGGGACCCGUGGGACUGGAGGGACUGCUUACCACCAAGUGGCUGCUGCGGGGGCAGGACCAUGUGGUCUCAGACUUCUCGGAGCACGGAAGUUUGAAGUAUCUUCACGAGAACCUCCCUGUUCCCCAGAGAAACACCAACUGACAAGCCAGGAGCACCGGGACAGUCCCAAGAGGUCUUUGCAUUCACCUUGUCUUGCCUCUCAGGGGAGAGCCAGGCUUUGUCUCCCAGUUCCUGGUAGGGUCACCUGGCGGAAAGUGCGCAUAGGCGCUUCUGG